CUAGCCUCGUCAUCACUACACAGGAAGUGUGAUCCGGGAGAAGCUAAGCGUCGUGCCGCGCCGAGCCCUCACUGAUUUUGGAUCAAUCUGAGCGAUAAGAAGCGAUUAAUAGCGCUAAUCAGCGACUCGUUCCCCGUGUGUUUGAGUCAUGGUCGGGGUGAAGGUGAUCGGGAAUGACGCGGAGUUCCAGGCGGAGCUGAGCGGCGCCGGAUCGAGGCUGGCCGUGGUGAAGUUCACCAUGAGCGGCUGUCGUCCUUGUGUCAGAAUAGCUCCAGCGUUCAACAUGUUGAGCAACAAAUAUCCUCAGGUUGUGUUUCUGGAAGUAGAUGUCCAUGUUUGUCAGGCGACAGCUGCAGCCAAUAAUAUCUCAGCGACACCGACGUUCCAGUUCUUCCGAAACAAAGUGCGUGUGGACCAGUAUCAGGGAGCGGACGCCUCGGGCCUGGAGGACAAGAUCAAGCAGCACGUGGAGAACGACCCCGGCAGCAACGAGGACUCGGAUAUUCCCAAAGGAUACAUGGACCUGAUGCCGUUCGUCAGUAAAGCAGGCUGUGAAUGUCUCAACGAGAGCGAUGACUGUGGCUUUGACAACUGCUUGAUCAAGGACUCGUCUUACCUGGAGUCAGACUGUGAUGAACAGCUUCUGAUCACAAUCGCCUUCAAUCAACCUGUCAAGCUCUUCUCCCUGAAACUGCUGGCUGCAGAAUUAGCUCAAGCCCCAAAGAGUGUGAAGAUCUUCAUAAAUCUUCCUCGUUCGAUGGGUUUCGAUGACGCGGAGAGGAGCGAAGCCACGCAGGCGCUGGAUCUGUCGGAGGAAGACUACAAAGACGACGGCCUCAUCCCGCUCAGAUACGUCAAGUUUCAGAACGUCAACAGUGUGACCUUAUUUAUCAGGUCAAACCAAGGAGACGAGGAGACCACGAAAGUCAACUACUUGACGUUUAUCGGGACUCCUGUCCAGGCGACGAACAUGAACGACUUCAAACGGGUUGUGGGUAAGAAGGGAGAAAGUCACUGAAGAGGAAAAGACAACACGACAUAUUGCAUCAAUCUCUCCAUGGGCGUCUCUCUCCGCCAACAUGACUGGGCAACAUCACCACCAACACACACACACACUGCCGAGCGCCGGAUCUGUCCCUCAGCUCGCCUUCAGACGAGAGAGAGAGCGAGAGAAGACACCGCUUUGUCUCAGUGAGGCCCUGGAUCAGCUGUUUUUAUCUGAAACCCUCCUGAAAUGUUCCUGUAAAUAAAGUCGAUCCUUUUCCAAAGGCA